GCGCCAUUUUGAUUAAAGUAAUGUGUGUGUAACAGUCGGCUGUGAGAUAUUUGGUCAAUUUAAACACAUUUAUACCCCAGUCGACUGACUUUUGACGGAGAGGAAGCCAUUUGAGUACACCGAAAAUGGCCACGGGCGCAAACGCAACUCCUUUGGGGAAGUUGCACCCCAGUAUUGGCGCAAAACGCGGGUUUGACGCCGGGCCUGGAGCGGGGAACGGGCUGAUGCCGACGCCGGGGCCGCCUGCAGCCUUCCCGGCUCUACAAGCCUUCCAGCCCGCCAUGCCGAGCGCAGCUUUCCCGCAGCCACAUCAGUUCAAUCCCGGGACAAGUUUUGCGGCACAGGCCCCACAACCAGCAGCGGGAGGCGGACUGGCCAAAGCAGAUUUCAAUCAGAAGAAAUCAAGAAAGAAGAGUCGUUGGAGCAGCGAGACGCCUGAUCAGAAGACGGUCAUACCGGGCAUGCCCACUGUCAUUCCCCCCGGACUGACCCGGGAUCAGGAGAGAGCCUAUAUAGUCCAACUGCAGAUUGAAGACCUGACUCGUAAACUGCGUACAGGAGACCUGGGAAUCCCUGUUAACCCUGAGGACAGGUCUCCCUCUCCUGAGCCCAUCUACAACAGCGAGGGCAAGAGGUUAAACACUCGUGAGUAUCGCACACGAAAGAAGAUUGAGGAGGAGCGCCACUCCCUCAUCACUGAAAUGGUUGGACUCAAUCCUGACUUCAAGCCUCCUGCAGACUACAAACCUCCAGCCACUAGAGUCAACGACAAAGUUAUGAUCCCCCAAGAUGAAUACCCUGAAAUCAACUUUGUUGGUCUGCUGAUUGGGCCACGUGGUAAUACGCUGAAGAAUAUUGAGAAGGAAUGCUGCGCCAAGAUCAUGAUCCGGGGGAAAGGCUCUGUGAAGGAAGGGAAGGUAGGCCGCAAGGAUGGACAGAUGCUGCCGGGGGAAGAUGAGCCUCUGCAUGCCCUGGUCACCGCAAACACAAUGGAGAACGUCAAGAAAGCUGUGGAGCAGAUCCGCAACAUUCUGAAGCAAGGCAUCGAAACACCUGAGGAUCAGAACGACCUACGAAAGAUGCAGCUGAGGGAGCUGGCCAGACUCAACGGCACACUGAGGGAAGACGACAACAGGAUCCUUCGUCCUUGGCAGAACUCUGAGCCACGCAGCAUCACCAACACCACCCUCUGUACCAAGUGUGGUGGAGCAGGCCACAUCUCCUCUGACUGCAAGUACACCAGCACAUUCGCUGCCCACAGAGCGACGGGGGGUGAGCCUCCUCAGUCAGCCCAGGACAAGGCUCGCAUGGACAAGGAGUAUCUGUCCCUGAUGGCCGAGCUAGGGGAGGCCCCGGUCCCCACAUCUGGUGGAGGACACUCCAGCAACCAGGGAGGAGGGCCCCGGUCCUCGGCACCCAACAAUAACCAGCCACCACCGCAGAACCGGCCUCCUUGGAUGAGCUCCGGUCCCACUGAGAACAGGAACUUCCACGGCAUGCAUGGAGGGCCUGGUGGCCCCGGAGGACCCCACAGCUUCCCUCCGCCCAUGCCCAGCAUGGGAGGACCCCCUAUGCCCCCCAACCCCAACGGCCUGCCUCCCCCCUGGAUGCAGCCCCCUCCUCCUCCCAUGGGCCAGGGGCCAGGGCCUCAUGCACACCCCAUGGGUCUGCUGCCACCUCCAAUGGGCAUGAUGCCACCUCCACCCCCUCCCCCCAGCAACCAGCCGCCCCCUCCCCCCUCAGGUCCCUUGCCACCAUGGCAACAGCAGGCUCCACCUCCCCCUCCAACAAGCAGCAUGGCAACCAGUACACCACUACCCUGGCAACAGAAUACCACCACCACGUCUAGCCCUGGCACCGGCACCCUGCCUCCAUGGCAACAGCCCCAGCAGCCUGCUGCCUCUGGAGCCCAGCCCCCACCACCCAUGGGUACCCCGUCCAUGGUGCCCCCCCCUCCUGGCGUCCAGCCCCCACUGCCCCCAGGUGCCCCUCCUCCUCCCCCUCCACCACCACCAGGCUCAACUGGCAUGAUGUACGCCCCUCCACCACCCCCGCCACCAAUGGACCCUUCCAACUUUGUCACCAUGAUGGGGAUGGGGGUGCCGGGCAUGCCCCCCUUCGGCAUGCCUCCUGCCCCCCCACCUCCCCCCCCUCAGAAUUAACCCUGCCACAGAAGAACCGUCCUCCACCCUGCAGCAAUGAGGAUGUGUGCUCACAGAAGAAAAUAUAACCAGUGCUUUAUUUUUUAUUGAUCCUCGAUAUUGUGAAGACAUCUCUGAAACCACGAAAGGUUGUGUUAGUUGAAUUUGUAAAGUUGCGUACGUUUAGUAACUGAGUUAUUUUUCCUGUUUUUUAAAGUUUGUGUUAAAACAAAGCUCCUUGUGUGCGUACACACUCUGUUGCUCUCAGGCACAUGUACUGCAUUGCUCCCGUAGUUUGUCACGAUACUUGUAUACCAAAUAAAACUGCUCAAAUAGCCAGUCGCAAGAUUAAUUUUUACUCAAGUCUUAUUGCUGCAAAUGUUCAAUUCAGACUUCCACAUUUAACAAAUACUGGAUUUAAUAUAUUGGAACUUCAUCUUGCAUGAUCCAUUGUAAACACGUCACUCACAAAUUUCUACUUGUGUCAUGUUCUCUAUGUUGGCUUUGAGUUGAAUAAGAUUAAUAUUUUUGUAAUGAUGAGAUGUGAAGUGUAAGGUAGUUCUGUCAGAAACCCUUUUUGUAGUACUGUCUGAUUGUUUUCCAGAAAUUCCCAGGGUUUUAAUUGUUUUUUCUUUUGUUACUUGCCUGCAUCUCAGUUGUGACAUUGAGUUUAAAAGGGGGGAGUUUGAUGCUCCAGUCUGCCAGUUUCUGACCCCCUGCACUACUUGAAUGCUGAGAAUCUGAUAUAUCCUUGUUUUUCUGCAUCUCUUUCUGCUCUGACAAGACGCUGUGUGCAGUGUUUGUGUUGCUUCAGCAAGGACGAAAAUAUCAGCUUGGUCCCUCAGUUUAUUAGAGAAGAAAACUGUUAGUUUGACUCUGUUCUGGAAUCAGUCUCUUGUGUUAUGGCGCCAGCCUAAAUGAAAAGUUGUUGAAAUCUUGCUUGGUUUCGCAUUAAACUGAUCCAUUUCA